AGGACGGGCUCCGCCGCGUUACACAACCGCGAGAGACGAGUUUCCCAAGUCCCACCGAGCUGAUGGCGCGUCCCCUGCGGGCGGCGGGACCCCGCGGCGGGCGGUGACCCCGGGGACCGGGGGACACGGCGGGGCAUGGCACUGGGAGCGGCGCCGGGACACGGCACGGAUCAAUUUUUCUCCGUCUCAAUUUACAUGGUGAUAAGAAGUGCAAAUCCUACUCCAUCAGUCUGGACUGAUGAAUCUGAGGAAUAGAACAGAGCCCUGUGUUGUCUAAACGAACUGAUGGAUGAAGAUGAGAAGGACAGGGCAAAGAGGGCAUCACGCAACAAAUCUGAAAAGAAGAGGAGAGACCAGUUCAAUGUCCUUAUUAAAGAGCUUUGCACGAUGCUGCAGGGCCACGGCCACCCUCUCAAGAUGGACAAGUCCACAAUACUGCAGAGGACCAUCGACUUCUUACAGAAACAGAAAGAAAUCACAGCACAGACAGAAGCCUGUGAGAUUAGACAAGACUGGAAGCCUUCAUUUCUUAGCAACGAGGAGUUCACCCAGUUGAUGUUAGAGGCACUGGAUGGCUUUCUCAUUGCUCUUACCACCGAUGGAAUUAUUAUUUAUGUUUCUGAUAGUGUCUCAUCUCUGCUUGGACACUUACCGUCAGAUUUGGUGGACCAAAAUAUAUUAAACUUCCUGCCUGAGCGGGAGCAGAGUGAGGUGUACAAGCUCCUUUCUCCACAUGUGCUCAUGACAGAUCCUAUUGCAGCUGAUUUUCUAAACGCAGAAAAACAAAUAGAAUUUUGCUGUCAUUUAGCAAGAGGCAGCUUAGAUCCAAAUGAACCCCUGAUGUAUGAGUAUGUGAAAUUUGUAGUGGAUUUUAAGUACUUUACUCAUGUGCCUACACCCUCCUGUAAUGGCUUUGAGUCAGCUAUUGCACGAGCUUUCAGGUCAGCCACGGAGGAGCAGAUUUGCCUCGUAGCAACUGUUCGUCUUGUCACACCGCAGUUCUUAAAGGAGCUCUGCAAUGUUGAAGAGCCGUGUGAAGAAUUCACAUCGAGGCAUAGUUUGGAAUGGAAGUUUUUAUUCUUGGACCACAGGGCUCCACCUAUUAUAGGAUAUUUACCCUUUGAGGUUCUGGGAACGUCAGGGUAUGAUUACUACCACGCAGAUGACCUGGAGCUUCUUGCUAGGUGCCAUGAACACUUGAUGCAGUUUGGAAAAGGAAAGUCCUGUUACUACCGGUUCCUGACCAAAGGCCAGCAGUGGAUAUGGCUGCAGACACACUACUAUAUCACCUACCACCAGUGGAAUUCCAAACCCGAGUUCAUUGUUUGCACACACCUGGUAGUUAGUUAUGCAGAAGUUCGAGCUGAGAGGAGGCGAGAUCUUGGCCUUGAAGAGUCAUCUAUUGAACUGGCAUCCUCUUCUCUAAAGAGCCACAGCAGCUUUCUGGACGUGGGGCAGUGUGGCAGCAGCCAGGAUGCCAGCCGGGAAGGAGUCUCACUGUCAUCUCACAGCUCCCGACGCUCCUCGCAUACCGCCCUCUCCGACUCUGCAUCCACAUCAUCCAUGCGACACACAGACACCAGCACGCCCACCCGGCCGCCAGUGCCAGGGGCGCAGGUGGAGAAGGCAGCCCUACGACUGGCGUCAGCUGCAAGUGCCCAGGCCAUAGCAACUCCUCAAGCCCCUGGUGAACACCUCCCUCAGCAUCCCGUGGCUCAGCCGGCAGUCCCCUCUCAGCACACUGUGAUGCCAGUGUACCAUUUUCCCACCCAGCUGGGGAUGAUGCAUCAGCUGAAAGAACAGCUGGAGGAGAGGACACGCAUACUUCAAGCUGACAUCAAGACACAGCAGGAAGAGCUCCACGUCAUCAAGGAGCAGCUCCAGCUAGUGCAGGACUCCAACUUGCAGAUGCUGAUGCAGCAGCCAAUCCCCAUUGUCUUUAACAACGUGCAGCAGCCGAGCCCCCGGAGGCCACCACCAGGGACACCCAGGCAGACGACAGCCAAGAAGUCACAACAAGGCCUUAUGGGCACGAAGCGCUACUGCGGCACCCACCUGCCAUCACCUCGCCAGUUCCUCAGGGACCCCUGUGGCACAGCCACCCAGGUUCAGCAGCAACACUCAACGAGAGGAAACCAAGCCCAGCAAACGUGUCUGCCAGGGCAGACGAGCAUUUCAGUGCCCCUCUACAACAAUCCCAUGGUGUUUUCACAAACACAUCCCAUUACAGUGACUGCACAGAUGCCGACUGACAGCAGCGAGAGGCAACCGCAGUCUGACUACAGCCAGGAUAGGAGCCUCAGGAUGCUGUUGGAUCAGUCUAUCCAAGCCAUGAUGCCCACUGCCAACAGCAGUGGCCAGUCCACGCCGAACAGUGCCAGCAGGCAGCAAGGAAAAUUCGUUGCAGAGCAGCAGAUCUUGCCUACCCCAACACAGAUGCAACCGAUUACAUGUAGCGCCGUCCGACCUCCAGCCCCAUCACCUGUUUUCUCCCCGUCACUGAUGAUCCCACACACGAGCUUCACAUCCCACCAGGCAAACACACCAGUUCAUCUCCACCAGUGGCCACAGCAACAGCUUCAGCAGCACCGUCUAUACCUUCAGAUGCAAGGUCCUGAGCCGGUGCCUGGUGGUCCAACACAGCGUAUUUUCCAGCCACCCCACACCCCACAGCAGAACCCCCUGAGCUACUUCCUCCACCCACAGCAGCAGAGCCGCCACGUGCAGGGCCAGGCGUGCAACCUGCCCGACCUGCCCGAGAUGCAGCUGCCCUGAACACCAGGUCCAGGAGGCAGGGACCACCUUGACUGCAGCGGCUCAGCGCCACAGGCACGCGCAGAGGGGAGGACGAUGCUGUCAGAGCACAGGACAGGUGAGGUCGAGCCCCACAGGGAAGGUGGUGGCCAGAGGGACGGUCCCCGCCAGGACUGGAUGGCUCUGGGGGCACCUUGUCGGUUGGGAUUUACAUGCAGCCGCUGUAUGCCCUCACCCAGCACAGCAGUGCAACUGGAAGGUGGUGGCUUUCUGGCCGCAGGGAGGUUAUUUAUCAGGUCGCCACGAAGAUCGCUUUGAAAUGGAGAAAAUCCUUUUCCAUUCAGGACUUAAAUGCUGAAAGUCACUGUGAAUUUAAGCCCAGCGUUUGGAGCACAUACACAGACUGUACCAGUCCACAGGACACUGUUGGAUUGCCAUGUAUAUAACUUGUUUUGCUGUUGUAGGUCCAGUGUGGAUUUUUUUUCCUUUUUUCUAUACCUCAGUCCCUCAACUUUUUGUUUUCCAGGAGAUUGGAUAAUGCUGCUAAUUUACAUAACACCACUUUUGCCUGAAUUUCUUACUGUUGUUAUACCAGCUCACACCGCAGGUAGUAAAAUAUUUGUCGUGUUAUAUUUUGGUUAACAAGCGUAAAUUUAUAUGGUUUUUACUCCCUGUAGCCAAAAAAAAUUUCAGGUUACAGACAAAGAAUCCUUACUUGUUCUUUUUUUGGUUGUUUUGUUUCAAGUGAUGUAGUUGUGUCUGUUUCUAUACAUGAAAUCAAACAAGCAGGCAUAGAACAGCAUAUGACAGCAAACUUUGUGGUUUUGCUAGGUCAUGUUUCAAUUUGGCAAACCCGAAACAUAUGCUUACAAUGACACGAGCGAUGUUACAAGCCCGUAGGGUCAGCAAUAAAUUGUAUUUUUGUAAAUUGUCACAUUUUAACUAUAUGUUUAUAUUUAUGAAUUGAAAAAAAUGGUUUAUUCCUCAGUGGGUAUAUAGUUAAGUGUCCCUACUGUUUGUGUGUUUCCAAAGGAAAAAAUGAAAAUGUAUAUUUUUGAGGACUUAGUAGCUGGUUACUAACUUUGGGCACUGUUAGAGCUGAAACGUAGGAGAUGGGUUAGGCCGUUUCUAUGAGCUUUGCAAGAAAAUGGUUAUUCAGGACCAGGUCCAUCUAGCAGCAAAGCUCCAUCUGACAGUCAGAGCAAGGUUUAGGGACAGGUUAGCUCAUAGCCUCUGUUCAGUCCAAGCAAAGCGUGCUUUUUCUUUUUUUUUGCCUUCUUUCUUUUUGGCAUUUGUUUGGUUUUUUUCCUUGUGCAAGCCGCUCUUUGGCUCUUUGCAGCACCACAACAGGGGACACUGAUUCUUACUGAUCCAGCAGCCUUGGGCACGAGCAAGCCCAAGCAGCCCUGUGUUUCAAGAGAAGGGGCUGAAUGAGAAUGUUAGCAGGCAAAAAAAAAACCAGAUCUAGCUAACAAUGUGUAGAUCUGUAGCGAGAGAUACCUAACUCUGUAGAUGUACCCGUGUCUAGAGCCAGCUUGCUCGCUCUCUCCCCCAGCCCCACGUUUUCUGUGCUGCAGCACUGGGAGGAUUUCACUAUCUUUGGGGCCAGGCAUUAGUGUGUGGGCUCGGCAGCACGAGGGCUGAGACAGAUCGCAGCAGCCUGACUUUUCCAGAAAGCUCAAGAACAAAACAGCGGUGUGACAGAUCUGCCACAGACGUGGUUUUGGCUGCAGCCUUCCUGCUGCCUGGCGGGACGUGAUGUGACUCACUGCCGGCCGUGCCCCUGCCCUGUUGCACAAGGGGCUGUUUCCUACCCACUGUUUUUUUUCCCUGGUGCACCCAGGAGCGUUCGUGGGGUUGGUGCGAGGCACUGGGCUGCUUUGGUGUUUCAGCCAAGGCAGGGGUGGGCAUGCAAACUAAAGCUGUGCGAGCAGCCAGCUUUCCACAGCCCCUCUCUUGGCAAAAGCAUCAGCGUGGGUUGGUUUUGGCUGGGGUGUUUGGGCACACACCUCCCAGGGCUGCCAGCUUUGAUGGAAUGCAGGUUGCAGAGCCUCUCAGCCACAAGCAGCAUUUUGGGGAUCGCAGUGGGCCAUUGCAUGGAGCUGAGGGGGUGCCCAGCAGCCUUUAGCCCUGGGGUUGCAUUAUCGGGACUAAUGCCUUGCAAGCGCAGUCCCUGGCUGAGACCCAGCCCAGGCCACCGCACCCCAGCCCUGGGCACCGGGGGCUGAGCAGCUGCUCUUGGGCACAGCCUGAGCCUGGCCACCCACUGCAAACCCAGUGCCACCGCACCGCCGGCAAAGGAAUGCGGAGCACCUGCCUUUGGGGUGCAAUCUGGAGCUGAAAUAACAGCCUCAAGCCCUGGCUCUUAGAACCGAGUCCCAGGGAGAGCAUGGGGUCUUUACAUCCCAGGUGGUUUGUGCAGCAGCGCCAGGUGCAGGGCUGCAGCAAGGGCCAACGUGGAGCCUUUGAGGUAGGAAAUAAUCUUUUUCAGAUUUUUUUUUAAGCACUAUUACUUUUAGAGUCUCCCCAUCCCAAGAUAAUAGGGUUGCUCAUGAGGUUGGGUCAGGAGGCGUUGCUGUAUUUUGGGGUUUCUUUGGGUUGUGGCUUCUUUUCCCAACCCCAAAACCUUGACACAUAAUGUUAAAGGUGAACACACACACAUUUUUGUUAGGGGUCCACUCUUGUAUGCGAUUUGCGGCUGGCAGGAGGGAAAGGCUGUACAUUUCCCUGUUUUGCCCAGUAAACCUGCAUUGCCCCAACACCCCACCACGGCUGCUGUGCAGUGUCCCAUCACCAUACGUGAGCCCAGAAACGGCAGGUGUCAGUCAAAUCUUGGAGGUGGUUGCGGUUGGGACCAGGAAUUUGGAAGGAAGGGGUUGGGUUUUAAUAAGAGUUGGUAGGGAGGUAGCCAAGGCACAGUAGUUUUCUAGCAUUGCUGUGGCUUUGAAAGCAAGUCCAACAAAAGAGGGUUGGGGGGGUUUGGGGUGGUGGGUGUGCAUGAGGGGCUGUGCCAGGGCCACAGCCCUUUUGAUGGCAGCACUGGGCUGCAUAGACUGGGAGAGCUGGGUUGGGUGGCACCGCCGCCCCUGCUUGCCCUCUCAGUAAGGAGCACAGGAGAUUUGCAAGGAUGUUUACAUGUUAGAUUGGCCUUGCUGAAACAAGAGACCAAAAAACGCACUUUAUCCUGCGCCCCCUCCAUUCCCAGUGCCCACCCUAGACCCUCGCCUAGGCGUGGUGGGUGGCUGCACCGUCCCUGGUGCUGCCUCUUUCCCAGACAUACUCCGAAGGACAAAAUCCCACAGUCCCUCUUUGGGGCUUACUUGGUCCCUGCUCCGUCUGCCUCCAGUCUGGGGGAAGGCUGAGUCAGGGUCGUGGGAAUUUUGCCUUAUAUUGUCAGUCACUCUCAAAAAUAUAUAUGAAUAAAUAGAUCUCUUUAUUCAGGUUCAUUUGCAUUUAUUUACCUCGUUGUUAGCCAUGGCCUGUGGUUUUGGGAUGCAUUUGGAAUUGAGGGUUGCCGGUAGGUUUGUUUCGAACAACCCCAGGUGCUUGUAAGAACACGCGUGUGACUUAUUGGUGACACGCUGGUGUCCUAUCAGCCAUUACUGUUCUGAGGCUUUCUAGUACAGAAGCACCUGUAUACUCUCUCUCCUUAUAUAUAUAUAUAGAUACAUAUACAGAUAUAUGUAUUUUUAAUAUACAUAUAAAUGUAUGAACGUGUAUAUCUAUAUAUGAAUAUAGAUAGGCCACACAAUUCCAGACCUCUGAAAACACAGGCUGCUUUAAUUAAUAAAGUCUUGCACUUUUAGCGUAUUUGUACAUAUAAGCUAAAGCCUGGUGAGUAUAAUCGGGCUGGUUUGACAAACAGUGAAAAGUUACUGUAUAUAUUGUACAUACUCCAUGUAAAAGAAAAAAAGAAAAUAAGAAAAAAUCUUAGAAUAGAGGAUAAAUCUUGUUUUAUUUUAUAUGAUGUUGAAUAUAGAUACAUUUAUAAAUGUUACUGUUCUUAAAAGUAUUUUGUAAUGGGAAAAAGGAAGUGUCUUAUGAAGAUGAACAGUAAAGAUUUUAUUCUUGUCUUUAAUCUAUGUCCUUGCACAGCUCCAUUGAAUGGGAGCCCAUGCAUUUUGACAAGCUUUAAACAGAUUGUACAGAGUAUUUUAAAAAAAAAAGAAAAAGAAAAAGAAAGAAAUAAAAUACUGCUUGUAAGAUAUCUUACACAGUAUGCGCUGGUUUUAUUCCCUGGGUGGUAUGGGUCUGUUGGGGAUGUGGUCGUUGCUCUCCAGGGGGGUCAAAAGCAGCAGCCAUGCUCAGUGCCAGAAGCAAUAGGGGCAACGCAUAAAUUAGAAAAAACAAAGCAUCAGAGUCAACGUGGACAUGUCUGCACACUGUAAAUGUGUUAAUUUGGAUGCAAAAACCAAGGAAUGGUGCUCUUCCUGGGCUAACUCACUUGCUGUCUCGGCACUGAAGCAGACUUAGGCUCUAUGCAAGGCUAAACUACUUCCAGGCUUCAAAAUCUAGGUCUCCUCUGCAUUUUUCCUCUGCUUCUGGGGAGGCUGGCAUCCUAGCAAGGUUUUUGGCUUGGUCCUUGCUUUGGAAUGCAUAGACUAAAUGUGGCUUUAAUGUGACCAAUGCUUUUGGAGGAACUUCUCAAGCAGUCCACCAUGAGAAAUAAUAGUGCCUCAAACAGAUUUUUUUUUUCUUUAAGUGAGAUCAAGUUUUAUUUAAUACUAUUUGUCUUACAGUACUUCUGCAUACAAUACAUCGUAUAAAAAGCCAACCUGCCAACACAAACGUGUUGCCUUCUUGGUAAAGUGACAAAGCUACAGCGAAAAAAGAAAACAAAAAAACAAAAAGACAAAAAUAUCCUAUUUUUCUGGAAACAAACUGGAGUAUUUCUUUUUUGUUUAGUCCAGAUAACAACUGCACUCGCAAUGUAGAACCGUGCACGGUACACUUGGAUGAGAAACUUUUAAUAAAACCACCACACAGCUAUUUCUUAGUCACUAUGGUAGCAAACUUCUAAAAAUACAUUAUUAUCUAGCCAUUAGAAUGAUGAACAAGUGGCUUGUUUUAGGAAUGGACAGAAACACAGAGCGCUUUUUCUGAAUCACAUAGCAGUGACCAUUUCCAUGUCCCAUGAAAUGCUACCGGCUGAAUUACAAGCAGUUCCGCCCAUGAUGGAAAGGGCUUAUAUUUUUAUUACUAUUAGAUGAGCUAUUCCCUCGCCCUGUGUGUUCAACCCUGAACUCAGCGCACAAAGGGGUCAAGCAGCCAGCUCCUCGUGGUGGUCAGGGCUGCCACCAUUCACCUGGAGCGCAGGGACUGGCCACGAGGUCCUUGAGCAGCACACUCCUCUGCAUUGUGGGACCGAGGGAACAUCGCAGCUCGGCUGGCCAUCCCCCUGGGCUAACGACUACGUUCAUCUCACGUGCAUAGCAACAAUAAUACUGGCCCAGGCACUAGAAAGGACUGUGCAGGGCAUGCCAACAGCCACUGAGAAUGUUUCAGGGUAAGUAAACGCGGCAUAGCUGCCAAGUCACGCUGGUGACACUGCAGCAUGUAGUGCAAUCUUUAAACUCUAUGAACAGCAUCGCUAGUUUUAGCAAUCUACAUCCUACCUCCAGCUGUCUAUUUUGUACUGAAUGCUGUACAUUCAGUUAUUUCCUGUGACUGAAAAAAAAAAAUACAGAUAACUUCAUGAAAACUGUUACAUAAAAAAGAUACGGUAAAAAAAAGACGUGAAAAAAAUAGAUAUGUGAAAUGACACAUCACUUCUUACUUAAGCAUGCUGCUUCCUGUUGGUGAAUGAACUGUUCAAAGUUCAAAAACACUUCUAAAAAACUUCCAAGGUACAAUUUGGAUGGAAAGUCCCCCCUAGGGAAGUAGCUGAGUAAUUCUGGGUCAGACUCUGCAACCACCAGACUCCUUCCUAGCACUUCUACUUAAUGCCCAGCUCCGUGUGGCUGCUGACCUCCUGCCACAGAAGUGUGGACACCUGCAGCAUCCUAAUGCAAUGGGAUGUGAAUUUGGGUUCAUCUUAGCAUCACCAAGAACUUCAGAUAUCCAUAAAGCUGUAUCAUAGGGUGGUCUCUGUCCCUGACUAUGCAGACUGAAGACAAAGCAUCACUCAUUGGGACUGAAGAGAGGGAAAAAGCUUCUCUUGCUCUAGCUCCACCAAUCCCAACUAAGCCUGAACAAUUUAUGCACUGGCCUAUCUCCACAACAGGAAGGGAGCUAGACACCAACUCCAGAGUGACUCUGUCACAAGCAAAGCAGAAGCAUCUGUCAGUGUUACGGCACACUGUUGAAACAGCCCAGCAAACACACUUCUGCGUUAUGCCACCUGGGAACAAGCUGGCAUUUGGUACAUCACUGCCUCCCCAAAGGACCUACUCGUGAUCCACAGGCCCAAAAGGAAGAACCUCCCAGUUAGUUAGGCAGUUGCCUGAGUGCUGCCAGCCUGCUGAAAAUGACUGUGCUCUAACCUCUGUCCUGAUGAGGCUGAAUGCCUGGCCGCUUUGAGCAGUUCUUGCUGGAUCAACGUGCAGGUGUAUUACAGGAACAGUUUAAAAACAUUAUAAUUUCCGGGAAAAAAGAU